UCUCAGUCAUCCGCUACCGACUCCCACCGCCAUCUGGGUCGAGGUUGGGCCCUGCUCCGAUUUCGCUUCGAGAUGGUCGUUCCGCCUUCUUCCUCCGUCGAGGAUGGUCCACCUCCUCCUCCUCCGUGCUCCAUCUGCCUCGAACCUAUAGACCAAGAAGCCUACUUAGAUCGUUGUUUCCAUGCAUUUUGCUAUCGGUGUAUUUCUCAGUGGAUUAGAUAUGUUGAUAGCAAACACGUACAAUCCGUGACUUCAGUCAAAUGCCCUCUUUGCAAGAUUGAGAAUUUUUCUAUUGUUCAUGACUUCAAUGGUAAAAGCUUUCAGAGACACUAUGUGAAUCAAGAUUUUGGAAAGAGACAUCUUUCAGAUGCUCAUGAUUUUAGAAUGAAGUUUUAUGUCAGCCAAAUAGAUCAUGCAAAUGAUAUGUUCAAUGUGGAACAAUAUUGGAAGCGGCGUAAGUAUUUCCAGAAAAAUAUUUGGAUUCAAGAUUGGCUAAAGAGGGAAGUUCAGACUCUUACUCAGGACAAAGAUGUUGACAUUAUCGUGCAUCACAUUAAUGGUGUUGCUGAGACUUUCUUUAGAAGACAACAAAGGGAGGAUAACAAGGCCAUGGCUGAGCAAAAACGCACCGAGUUCAGGACUUUGCUAUCUGAAGCUGCACGACCAUUUCUUGCUGGAUACACCAAGAGCUUCAUCGACGAGCUAGAGUUGUUCCUGGUUUCAGGUUUAAACAUGGAGGCAUAUGAUAGAUUUUGCAUGCAGCGAAUGGGUGAGCUUUCAUCUGGUGAAGCAAGUGCAGAUGACAGAGAAACGUAUGAUCAGACUCUUCAGGGUCCUUUCUUGCAACUUUUCAACGAGGAAUUAGGAGAAUCUGAAUAAUAUCAUUAUGAUUAACGAUGAUUAAUACAGUUUACCAUGUUUAAAAUCGAAAAUCCAGUGUUUCAUAACGGCAAAAACUCCUCAUGUAUAUCUGUCCAGCUCUCCCAGGAAUAGCAGCAGUUGCAAAUAUAGCCAUUUAUCAUUUGGUAGGCUUGCUGGCAGUGGAGACGACUAUAAUGUGAAUCUUGUGAUACAAAUUAUAUUGUCAAAAGGCUGUUGAUUUAUAAAAUUCUUUUAGUUACUUGGAA